AUGGGGACGGGGCUGGGGAGCGUGGCACGGCCGCCGGGCGCGCAGGGGCUGCGGAACCACGGCAACACGUGCUUCAUGAACGCCGUGGUGCAGUGCCUCAGCAACACCGCCCCGCUCGCCGAGUUCCUCGCCCUCGGCCGCUACCGCGCCCGCGGAGCCCACGCCGAGGUCACGCAGCGGCUGGCGGCCCUGGUCCGCGCCCUCUGGACCCUCGACUACAGCCCGCGGCUCUCCGCCGAGUUCAAGAGCAUCGUGUCCAAGCACGGCGCGCAGUUCCGGGGCAACGCGCAGCACGACGCCCUCGAGUUCCUGCUCUGGCUGCUGGACCGCAUGCACGAGGACCUGGGCGCCGCCUCGCCCGCACAGGGGCCCUGCACCACCGCCGAGGUGGGUCCCGUCCCGGAGCAGAGCAGCGGUGCCGCGGCGCCCUGUGCACAGAGCUUCGUGCAGAGCCACUUCCAGGCGCAGUACAGGUCCUCGCUGACGUGCCCGCACUGCCUGAAGCAGAGCAACACCUUCGACCCUUUCCUGUGCGUCUCGCUGCCCAUCCCCACGCGCCAGACCAGGGCGCUCAACGUGACGCUGGUGCUGCAGCGCGAGGCCCGGCGCCCGGUGCGCGUGGGGCUGGCGGUGCCGCUGCGGGGCACGGUGGCGGAGCUGCGCGCCAUGGUGGCGCGGGAGGGGGACGUGCCCCCCAAGCAGGUGAUCCUGGCGGAGGUGUCCCCGCGGGGCUCCCUGCGCUCGCUGGGCGAUGCCGAGGAGCUGGGCACGGCCGGGGAGGGGGCGGCCCUGUACGCGCUGCAGGGCCCCCCCGGGCCCCCCGCAGGUAUCGGGGUGCUGCUGGGGUUCGGGCCCCCCCUGGUGCUGUGGCAGGAGCGGGGCGCGUCGUGGGCGCAGCUGCAGCGCAGCCUCCUCGCCCCGCUGCGGCACCUGAUGAGGAGCGGGGCGCAGGGCGCAGGGACCCUGUUCCGGCUCCGUGUGGCCGGGGACGCAGCGCCCGGCACCUACCUGUCCCCGCAGGACGCCCGGCCGCUCUGCCACCCCGCCGUUGACAGGGCGCUGCGGCUGAGCGGCGCGGGCGGGCCCCCCCACGUGCAGCUGACGGCCGAGUGGGAUGUGGCCACCAAGGAGCGCCUCUUCGGCAGCCUCCAGGAGGAGGCCGUGCAGGAUGCCGAGAGCGUGCGGCUGCAGCAGCAGGCGCACCAGCAGCAGCACAGCUGCACGCUGGACGAGUGCUUCCAGCUCUACACCAAGGAGGAGCAGCUGGCCCCGGACGACGCCUGGCGCUGCCCGCACUGCCAAGUGCCGCAGCAGGGCACGGUGAAGCUGAGCCUCUGGACGCUGCCCGACAUCCUCAUCAUCCACCUGAAGCGGUUCCGGCAGGUGGCCGAGCGCAGGCACAAACUCACCACGCUGGUGCGCUUCCCCCUGCGGGGGCUGGACAUGGCCCCGCACCUGGCCCCGGGGGGGGGCCGCUGGGCGCCCCAGCGCCUGCCCGAGAGCCGCCCCCGCGACUCCCUCUACGACCUGUACGCCGUCUGCAACCACCACGGCAGCAUGCAGGGCGGCCACUACACUGCAUACUGCUGCAACUCCCUGGACGGGCGGUGGUACAGCUACGACGACAGCACGGUGGAGGCGGUGCAGGAGGACGAGGUGAGCACCCGCAGCGCCUACAUCCUCUUCUACCAGCGCCGCAACGCCAUCCCCGCCUGGUCGGCCAGCAGCGCCGCCAGAGGCUCCACCAGCUCGCCCCUGUCCCAUCACUGGGUGGCCCGGCUGGGCGGCAGCAAGCGGGACAGCGCCAGGUCACAGCCCCCUGCCCCCUGUCCCUCCCCGCCCAGCACCCCGGACACCAGCACCGCCCAGGAGAAAGGCGGCUUUGAGGCAAGGCCCUUGGUGCGCGGCGUCCAGAGCCGCAGCCUCAGCGUGAAGCUGCCCCCCGCCCGCCGCGACGGCCCCCCCAGGCCCAUGCCCCUGCGCUGGUCCUUCACCUCCCGGCCGCGGGCACCGGGUGCCCCAGGGGAGCUGGUGGUGCACCUGGAGCCGGGGCAGCGGCCCCGCCGCCCCCACCGCGCCGUCCUCCCAGCAGGGAUGGGUGAGGAUGGCAGCCCCCACGCUGUCCCCCAGGCCCGGAGCCCCUCGCUGGGUGAGGCAGCCGGCACCCCCAAAAAACCCGAGCUGCCCCUCUGCACCCCAACACUGUGCCGAGCUCGGAGCGCUGGUGCUGAGGUGACCCCACGCCUGCACCCCAAAAGCAAGAGCCCCCCCGGGAGCGGGGAGCAGCAGCAGAGACCCCCCCGGGGGCGGCAAGAGGGCAAAGCAGGGGGGGCCACGCUCUGCAGCAGCCCGCAGAGCCCCGAGCCGCCCAUCAGGCGCUCGCAGAGCUCGGCCAGCCUCCCCCUGCACCCCCUCCGCCUGCUGCGGCGCUCGGCCUCGCUGGGCAGGGGCGCGGGGGGCCCCCCACAGCCCCCACCCGGCCCCCCGGGUGCGCGGGGCACGGUGCUGCGGGGCCGGGAGCGCACGGCAUCGCCGCGCCACGCGGCCGUGCCCGAGUCCAGCUUCUGA